AAUGGAUCAGAAUCAGAGAGAUCAAGAGGAACUCUCCAAGCUGAUAGAAGCUGCUGAGAAUGGAAACAUAGAGCUCUUAUAUGAACUGCUUGGGAGAGACUCAUCUAUUCUUGACAAAGCAGAUCGGCAGUUCACAGAUAAUCCUCUACAUGUUGCUGUGUCAAGUAACCAAUUACUCUUUGCAGCUGAAAUUGCAAAUCUGAAGCCUUCAUUGGCUAGAAGACUAAAUCAACAUGGAUGGAGCCCUAUGCACAUAGCUGCUGAAAAGGGUCAGGUAGAGAUUGUGAAGAAGCUUUUAAAAGUAGUAGCCAAGGAACUCUGCUUCAUCACAGGUAGAGAGAUGAUGACUCCUCUUCACUGUGCAGCGAAAUCUGAAGAACCUGGAAGUGAAAAUGUUAUUAUUGAGUUGCUCUCUGCUUCCCCUAAGUGUAUCACCUCAUUAACUACCAAAAGUGAGACAGCUCUCCACACUGCUGUAAAGAGUGGUAGGUAUGAAAACUUUGAAGCACUGGUGGAAUGGAUCAAGAAACAAAGGGUUUACAACAAUCUAAGCUGGAAGGAUCAGGAGGGCAACACCAUCUUGCAUCUUGCAGUUUUAAGAAGACAAGAUAAGAAUCUGAAGAUGGUAGAGCUGCUGCUUAGAACUUGUAACUACUUUGUUAAAUAUGCUGUGAAAAUAAACGAGGAGAACAAAGAGGGAUGCACAGCCUUGGAUGUCUUAAUGAAACCUCAAACUGAAACAGAGUGUAAUGGAACCAGAGCCAAUGGAUCUCAAACAUUAGUACCCAUACAGGAGGGGAAAGUGCAAGUAGUAGUCACAAAUAAGACCCAAGGAGAACAAAAUCAAACUGACAUACUACACGGGAAAAUGCAAAAGAUCCUUAAAAGUGCAGGUGCCAAGAGAAGUAAAGAAAUUGGUUGUUUACCAUCGCAGUGCAAAGAUUCUAAGACAAAAAAUGUGUUAAGUUGUGGAGUUAAAUGGUUACUUAAAGUCCCCAAUUUCUUUAGUUUCGAGGUUGAUAAAGACACUCCAAGUGACAUUCGAAAUGCUCUGUUAGUGAUUUUUGUUUUGAUUGUUGCUGUGACAUACCAAACUGGAAUCAAUCCUCCAGGUGGUCUUUGGCAAGAUGACAACAAAGACAUCAACAAUGGAAGCAUUAGCGGC